CAACCAACAAACAUAUUUUUGUUGUAAUUGUUUAAUUGCGUUUCUACUUUCUAUAACUUUAAGAACAUAACUGAAUUACGUGUCGUAUUUCUAUAAAACAAUGGCUGAAACACCAGAGGUUGUUAAAAUUAACAAAUGGGAUGGUGCAGCCGCAAAGAAUGCUAUUGAUGAUGCUGUAAGAGAGGUUUUGACUGGAGACCUAAAGUGUAAGGAAAGUUUUGCUCUCAUUGAUGGACGGCUUUUCCUGUGUGCACUGGCUGUGGGUGUGGCCUUGUAUGCUCUACUGUGGGACUACCUUUACCCCUUUCCACAAUCAAAAUUGGUAUUAAUAAUAUGUGUAUCAUCAUACUUUGUACUUAUGGGUAUAUUGACAUUAUACACUACAUUCAAGGAAAAAGGCAUAUUUGUUGUUGCUAAAGAGAAAGUAGGAAACAAUACUAGAGUUUGGGAAGCCAGUUCUUAUGUUAAAAAACAUGAUGAUAAAUAUAACUUGAUACUGGUGAUGAGAGAUUGGAAUGGCAAAUCCCGUGAAGCUUCCAUUAAUAAGUCCUUUGCUAACUUUAUUGAUGUCAAUGGCACGAUAGUACAGAACCUCGUCCUCAAUGAGAUUACAAAGAUAUACAACUCCCUCUCCACAGAGAAAAAAGAGAAGUGAUUGCAUUGCACAAGUCUUCUAUUUAAGGUCUGACAUUAUUGUAAUAUUGUCUCAAUAAACUAUAUUGAUUAAUA